AGCAGAUUAGGUUCCCGCUUCCUUGCCGAUCGGUUGUCCUCCCUCUGGUUCUCCAAACUUGGGUGAUUUGUGCAUAAUCUGCAAGAUUUUUGCUGUUGUUUGUUUUGGAAAGUAACAGAGCAUUGGAUAUUCAUGCCUGAAGCAAAAGCGGGAGAUAAAGUGCCAGGUAAACUCAAACUGGCCCCUUCCAAGACUGCGCCAGGUUCGUCAAAGAAGCAUCUGAGUUUGUCUGUGACCACUCCAAGCCACAAUGGAUACUGGUCAGGGAAUGUUGGAGGCAGAGAUGAACAUGUUCGAGCAGCAGAUCGGCGGCGGCGCCGGUGUUGCCGUGGCCCCGGAGGUCGUGUCGGCCGAGCCACGGCCGCCCAUCAUCGCCGCCAACACCUUCACCUCGGUUCAGGAUAAGCUGACACAAAUAGCUUCUGAAGGCUACGGUGGUGCGGCGGCUGCCGCAGCGCCACCUAGACCGGCCAAUAUGUUCGUACCUCACCAGCUGAGCAAACCGUCAGGUCCGCUGCCCCCGCCGCCGCCGCCGCCUCCGCUGCCGGAGCUGCCUGAGAUCGGGGGUCCGCCGGUGACCGCGGUGGGUGCCGCGGCUCCUCCGCCUCCUCCCCCGCCCCCGCCGCCGCCUCCACCCGGCUACGUGCCGCACCACUACGGGCCCGGGCCGGGCAUGGGCCCGCCGGGUGGAUUCGUGCCACCGCCGCCGGGCUAUGUGCGCGGCCCCGGCCCGCCGCCCGGCUGGAGGGGCCCGGCGCCGCCGCGACCUGUCAUCUCGGCACCCGUCAUCAGCUCUGGGCCCAAGGUAUACGCCUCCAAACCGCAGCUGAAGCGGCCCGCGCCCGCUGAGGAGGAGCCCGCUGCCGCGCCGGCCGCCGCCGCCGACGCCAAACCCUCGUCCUCCGCUGCCUCCGCCGGCGGCUCGUCAAAGAAGUCCAAGGCGGCGGCGAUGGCAGAACGGGUGGCCUCCAGUACCACGACUGUGGUGGACGGCGGUAAACCCGGCGGCAGCGGCGGCAGCGGUCACCAGCACGGGGGAAAACAGGGCAAACAGCAGAAACAGAAGCGACCGAAGAAGUUCAUCCGCACGGCCGGCGGGCAGAUCUGGGAGGACCGCUCCCUGCAUGACUGGGACCAGGAUGACUUCCGCAUCUUCGCCGGCGACUUGGGUAACGACGUGACGGAGGACGUGCUGACGCGCUACUUUUCCGUCUACCCGUCCUUCGUCAAGGCCAAGGUGGUGCGCGACAAGCGCUCCAACAAGACCAAGGGCUACGGGUUCAUCAGCUUCCGCGAGUCGGAUGACUACGUGCGCGCCAUGAAGGAGAUGAAUGGAAAGUACGUGGGCAGCAGACCAAUCAAGCUGAGGAAGAGCCAGUGGCGCGACCGGCAGAUCGAUGUUGUCCGAAAGAAGCAAAAGGAGCGCGCUGCGUUCGGACUGUUGUGAUGCUCGUCCACGACGAGUAUCUUGAUUAGCCUCAGUCCAACAGAACAUGCGGCGUGUUGUGUCUAAUUCGUGUCAUCAGAGCGGCUCAUGUGGUGUGUAUCGCUGCGGCGGGGACCUCACAGCUGUGAACUGCCCAGUGCAGUGUGCAUUACUUACGCCGAAACUGACAGUAAGGCGAUCUCUAGAGGACGGAACAGCGGUCCUGUGGCGUGCAUGAUUGUUCAGUGGACGUAAGGGAAGUGAACUUGCGCGUGCCAGAACCCCCGUUACCAUUGCCAUCAUUGUUCGUCCCGACUGCUGACGGAUCACCAGAGGUCACCCCGUACCAGUGCAGCUCGGGUGCUGGCUGGAUGGAGUUCCGUGGCGGUGAAGCUGAUAGGUUAGAGGUGACCGACAGCCUGUGCAGUGUGAUAGUUGCCCGGAUGCACGCUGCCCGGACCUACCUACACCAGUCAGGCCUAUCUGAUGUCGCUGGUGUCAUGGAGCUGUGAAUGACACGCUUUGGUCCAAGCCGCACAUACCACCCCAAGUGACUCAGACGGUGUCUCGGUGACCAUUCAAACAGUGAUUGAAUGCUAUUGCCACGUCUAAGGAGAGCUGCGGCAUUGCGCAACACUGACUUGCUGGAAGAUGUUUGUACUUACGGGCUCAGGCUAAAAACACCCAAUCCUAGAAAGCUGGGAAGUGAAUAUUCCUACAUCGCGUGAAAGUGUUCAUUGAUGGGUUCUCGUUCUGAUCUUUGAUACAUGCGCAAAAUUCCUCUCAAAGGUUUCAUAGACAAACUCUGCCACAUAUUGACCAAAUGCUGGCAUUUCAUUCAGCGUUUUCCAGAAGCUCCAGAACGGUUAGACUCUGACUGACGUAACCGGUUCCGUAAGUCCGGAGAGCUUUGCCGCAUCGAUUUGGCAGUGUCGUCAGCCCACAGACCUCUCACGUUAUCCCUAUGUCGGCUGGAAGCUCUGUCCUGUUCUUGUGACCUUACCAUCGUCAUUCAUCGUGUACUUGUGUGUCAUCAGAUGUUUGGUUUUCGCCGAAAAAAAGUGAAUACAGUUAGCCGGCUGCUGG